CGCCGCCCCCCGAGGAAGACUACUACCGGCGCGAACAACCACCCGGUAUCUUCCUUGGAGAGCUGCAAUCUCAGAAUUCCGAUCUGCACCGGGAACUGGGAAACCUUAAGAAAGAACUGGAAUUAACCAAUCAGAAACUGGGCUCCAGCAUGCAUAGCAUAAAGACCUUCUGGAGCCCUGAGCUGAAGAAGGAGCGGGCGUUGCGGAAGGAAGAGAGCGCCAAAUACAGCCUUAUAAACGACCAACUGAAACUGCUCAAUCAAGAAAACCAGAAACAAGCUAUGCUGGUACGACAACUAGAAGAAGAACUAAGAUUGCGCAUGAGACAACCCGCUCCUGAAUUACAACAACAGCUGGAAGCCUUAUUCUCCGAGAACGAACACCUGCAAAGAGAGAUAGCCAUAUUGAGAGAUACAAUAAAGGAACUAGAAUUGAGGAUUGAAACACAGAAACAAACGCUCCAAGCCAGAGAUGAGAGCAUCAAAAAAUUACUCGAAAUGCUCCAAAACAAAGGGAUGGGUAAAGAAGAAGAACGCCAAAUGUUCCAACAGAUGCAAGCUAUGGCCCAAAAACAGGAGCUCAAGGCGACGGCGGACACGCUGCGGGCGCUGCAGGUGCAGCUGGAGCGCGCGCUGGCCGCGGCCGGCCUGCCGGGCGGCAGCGCGGGCGCCACGCUCACGGCGGUGCUCGAGACCAAGGAAGCGCGCAUCGCCACGCUCGAGCGGCAGGUCGCCUUGCUCGAAGGCGAGCUGGCCGCGCUCGUGUCGCCGCCGCCGCCCUCGCUCGCGCCCUCGCACGCCUCGCUUUACGAUAAGGCCGACCCUCCCUUCAAGAGACAACUGGACGAGUUCCGGUUGGAGAUCCAGCGGCGAGAUCAAGAGAUCCUGGCGAUGGCCGCCAAGAUGAAGGCCUUGGAGGAGCAGCACCAAGACUACCAGCGCCACAUCGCCGUGCUCAAAGAGUCGCUCUGCGCCAAAGAAGAACAUUACAGUAUGCUGCAGACCGACGUGGAAGAACUGAAAGCCCGGUUGGAUGAGAAGAGUAGACUAGUGGAGAAGAAGACGGCGGCUGCGUUGUCAGCGACGCACGAGCUCGCUGAGCUCAGAGACCACUCCGAAAUCAAGGAUCGGAAGAUCAACGUGCUGCAACGAAAGAUCGAAAACUUAGAAGAUCUAUUAAAAGAAAAAGACAACCAGGUCGAUAUGGCUAGAGCUAGACUGAAUGCCAUGCAAGCCCACCACUGUUCUUCCGAAGGCGCGCUUUCCUCCCUAGAAGAAGUAAUAGGCGAUAAAGAGAAACAAAUUCAACAACUCAGAGAACAAAGAGAUCGAGCUGAACACGAAAAAAAUGAAGAACGAGAGUUACAUGAAAGAGAAAUAGCUGAAUACAAAAUGAAACUCCAUGCCCUAGAGAGUGAGGUUGAAAAACUUGGUGCUAGGCUCGAAAGAGCUCAAGCUGAGAAAGACCGCCUUGAAGCUAAGUUAGAAAGUUCACAAUCAGAACUGGGCAAGUCCAAAGCAGAGUUAGACAAAGCAGCCAGUGAGGUCGGCAGGUCUGGAGCAGAUUGGGAAGCAGCAAAACAACGCUUAGCUAGACUCGAACUCGAAAACGAAAGACUUAAACACGAACUAGAACGGUCUCAAACAACAUUUGGCAGAAGCACUUUAACAACGUCACAAGAAUUAGACAGAGUGCAAGAGAAGGCUGACAAGAGUGCUGCGGAGCUUAGACGAACUCUUGCUGAAUUAAGAGUGACUCAAGCUGAUGCAGAAAGAGCCAGAUCGGAAGCUAGUGGACUGCAAGACAAACUAGAGAAGUCCCAAGGUGAAGUUUACCGUCUUAAGGCCAAGCUUGAAAAUGCACAAACUGAACAGGACAGCCUGAAGGAAGAAUAUGAUCGGGUGCAAUCAUCAGUAAGUCGUCUCCAUUCUGAGCGGGAUAAGGCAGUGGCAGAGUUAGAUAAGGCUAGAGAAGAGCUAGAACGAACUCAGGCGACUCUAGGCAAGGCCCAACUACAGCAAGACAAACUUCAGGCCGCACUCGACGCUGCACAUUCGGAGAUCGACAAACUUCAAGAGAAGCUCGAUAAGGCUGCUGCUGAAGUUAGAAAGUGUCAAGUGGACCGCGAGAAGCAAGCAUACGACUUCGAGUCUCUGCAAUCACAACUGGACAAGGCUCUGGGCAUGUCAGCCAGGUUCGGCAAGGAGAGAGACACCGCGCAGAUAGAGGCUGACAGAUUCCACGACAAGUAUGAGAAGUCACAGGCCCUAGUAGCACGUAUCCAAAAAGAACGCGAUGCAGCACUAGCCGAAGCUGCCAGUUGUCGCGAGCGAGCCGAAGCUGCGGCGGCCGCAGCUAACAGGGCAGCGAGGGACCGGGAUAGUGCUACCACUGAGCUCGACGUGCUGAGGGAACGGUGGGAGAAGGCGCAUCAACAGCACCAGAAGUUGACGAUGGAACGAGACGAUGCCGUAACCGAGCUAGAAAUAUUGAAAGAAAAGCUAGACAAAGCCCUCUAUUCCACACAGAAAACAAUCGAAGAAAAGGAGACUGCGCACAAAGAAUACGAAAAAAUGCUUGAGAAGUAUGACAGGUCACAAAACGAAAUCUACCGACUUCAGAACAAGAUAGAUAUCCUAGAAGCAGACAAAGAUCGCAUUGAAAUGGAAUUCGAAAAGCAUGCGCAUAUAGCAACGAAAGCGAGGGAAGAACAACGCAAAACGCAAGACGAACUUGCAAGAUUACAAGAAAUGUACGAUAGGGCGUCUCUCCAACUCGGUAGGACUAAAGAACAGGAAGAAAAAGCCAAGGAAGACAUGGAUAGGUUAAGUGUUGACAUCGAAAUGGUGCGAGAUCGUUACGAGAAGAGCCAAAUCGAACUCAGAAGGUAUCAGGCCGAAAAAGAGAAAUUAGUUGCGGAUAACGAACGUCUUCAAUUCGAAUAUGACAGGGCAAUGACGCAGUGCGGUAAAGCGCAGGCUUCCAACGAAAAGACUCAAGAGGAAAUGGCCAGAGUGCAAGUAGAACUUGAAAAAAUGUAUGACAAGCACGACAAGGUAGCCGCUGAAUUGAGGAGAGUGCAAGCUGAACUUGAUAAGGUGAAGCAAGACGCGAGUGGUGCGAGGGAGGAAGCUGAACGAUAUGCAGCUCGAUACGGGAAGUACCACGACACUAAAGAAGAACACGAGAGGACUAAAUUGGAGGUGGAACGACUGCGAGCACGGUUAGAGAAGACCACACUAGACCUGGAACGAGCGCGGAAGGCUGAGGAAGAAGCAUCCCGUCUACGUUCGGAGCUCGAACGCGUUGAAGCUGUCCGAGGUAAAUACCAAUUCGAACAGGACAAGUGGACUAACGAACUGAACAGAGUGCAGGCGGAGCUCGACAAACAACACGAGCGCUACGAAGCGGCACAAGCAGACAUACAGCGUCUGCAAGCCGAGAAGGAGCAAGCAGAGACCAAGCUACACGAGAUGAACAUCCAACUGGAACUGUCCAAGAGCGAAGUCACUAAACUCAGUGCAACGUUAGAAAAGCAGCGAACAGACCUAGAACGCGCUCAUAUUGAGUGCGAGAAAUUCAGAGACCGAUGCGAGAAACUCAAACUGAGGUCAGAACAACUGGAUAAGGACAACGAACGGCUUAAGGGAGAACUGCAACAGAUUGAGAGGAUGAAACUCCAAGCGGUCGCCGGAGACAAAGCGAGGACCGAAGACAGGCUCGAAAUCGAGCGUCUUCGUGAUAAACUCGAGAAAGCAAUACAAGCUAGAGAUUCUACUGAAAUGGAGGCCGGCCGCUUGGCGAAGGAACUCGAAAAGUCCCAGAUGCAUCUUUCGAAAUAUCAGGAGACCAAUGAAUCGACUCGUGUCGAGUACGAAAGGAUGACGAACGAAUUAGGUCGAAUGCACGAGCGUCUUGAACGAACUAUCUUGGAGAUGAGACAUGUUGAACAGGAGCGCGAUCAGCUGUUACAAGAGAUACAUAACAUGAGAUUCAAUGUGGACCAACAACAGCGAACAUUGGACCACCGCACGCAAGAGACUUUAGUGAAACUGCAGCAAGAACUCGCUCAGUCCGUACGCGACAGAGAGAAGAUGGCGUCCAUACUAGAACAGAGAGACAAACAAGCAGACGCUAUAGAAAAGCAGAUCGUCAAACUAGAAGCCGAUACAAAACAACUGACAAUAGAACGCGACCAACUAGUCGCUCAACUAGAAAAGUCCCAAGACAUGCUCGUAAACUUCCAACGGGAACUAAACGCUUCCGAGGCCGAAUUACAGAAACAACGCGAAGAAGUGCGCCGAGUGAAAGAAGAACAGCGUAAAAUGGCGCAAGACACGGGCGGCGCUAAGAGCGUUAUUGAAAGCCGGGACCGCGAGAUCGCUAAGCUACAACAGCAAGUGCAAGCGGUUACUAAAGAGAAGGAUACGAUUAGACAGCGAGCGGAAAAGGCUGAGAAGGAAGCGCAGAAAGUUGGGGAGAUUGAGAAGUGGAGGGCUGCUGUCGAGCAGGAGAAGUCGAAGGCUAUUGCUGCGGAGAGGGCUUUGGCGGAGUGUCAGCAGCGGUUGCAGAGUGUGGAGAAGCAGCUGGCGGCGGCGCUGGCCUCUUCGGCGGGGGCUGCGCGGGGCGGCGAGGCGCUGGCGGCGGCGCAGGCGGAGGCGCGGGCGCACGCGGUGGAGCGCGAGCGCUGCCAGGCGCAGCUCGAGAUGCUCGUGCAGGAAUUGGAGAAGAGUCAGCUCGAUCUUCGAGAAGCGACGAAGAAGCUUCAGGCGGCGGGCGCGCAAAACGCCAAAGCUGGGGAAGACACAGCCCAAGCUAAGAAGCAACUGCAAGAGGAAUUUAAGAAAUUGGACGACGCGAGGAGACAGUUCGAGGAGCAGAGAAGAACAGUGGAGAAUAAACGGAAAGACGUGGAAGAAAAGGAGAAAGCGCUGGCAGAGUUAGAUCGACAGUUGAAGAAGAGGAAAGAGCAAAUGGACCAAAUGGAAGCAUCUUUGAGGAAGGCCGGCGGCAGCACAGCAGCGGUAUCAGACUUGAACCGCAAACUCUCAGACUCGCAGAAGGACGCAGACCAACUGAAGCAGCAACUCGACCAAACCAAGGAGGAGGCGCAGCGCCUCACGGCCGAGACCGAGCGCCUGCUGCAGCUCGUGCAGAUGUCGCAGGAGGAGCAGGCGCAGAAGGAGAAGCAGAUCAUCGACCUGCAACAGUCUGUUAGAAAUCUUCAAGCCAAACUGAAAAGUCAGCAGCAAGCACAAGCACAAAGAGAAGAGGAUCUGACGCGCGCGAGACAGAGCGAGCUCGCCGCCAUGACAGACCUACAGACCACGCUGGCGCAGAAAGACCUACUCGCUACUAAGUUGGAAGAGAGCAAAAUGAAAGUCAUAGAUCUAGAGAUCGAGCUCAAUGAAUCAUCGCUUAUAUUAUCAGAAGUGCUUAAAAUGCCAGACGGGCCAGAUAUGAAUAACAUUAAAAGAAGUAAAAGCUUUUUCGAGUUGCAAAAGAGUGGUAAGGUAGUGGAUAGGCUUGACAAGUGCAAGUAUAGCAGGAGUGAUAAUGACUUAGAUAAAAUGCACUAUAAAGACAAGAAGAGAGAACCACCGGACUUGAGUAAGUUGACGAGAAAGAUAUUUGAUUUGACGAAGGAGAUUGGUAUAAAGAAUUCUAAGUUGAUAGAACAGCAAAGAUGUAUUUCGAUAUUAGAAGAGGCGUUGAGGGAAAAUAACAAUAUAGCAGAAUUUGAACAGUUACUUGCAGUCGUAAGGAGCAAAGAUGAAAGAAUCAAUGAGUUAGAAAAGUUUGUGAAUAAGAAAUGUGGAUCGAGCCCAAGUGACUGUAAAGAUAAGAAAAGAAUAUUAGAACUAGAGGAAGCUUUGAAGGAAUCGGUUUUGAUAGCGGCAGAGAGAGAGAAAGUAUUCUAUGAAGAAGAACAGAGAAGAAUUGAAACAUUAAGAAAGAUGGGCAAAAUGGAACAACGCAUUCGUUCCCUUCAGAACGCUUCAGCGCUGAACUGCGGGACUUGCUCGUCGGUGCUGAAGCGCUUGAAGCGGCUGGAAGACGCACUGCAACACUGCCAAGCUAACAGGGACCAUAUAUUGCGACAACUAUCGCAUCUCGUUCAAGACGUGCUGGAAGGUGCAAUCAGCGAGAAAGAUACCCAGAUAGCCGAGCUGGAAGUGAAGGGAGUACUCGACGAGAGCGACACCAACCGAUACGAUACGCUCAAGGCAGAGCGGGACAGACUGCUCAAUAGGCUUAAGACAGAGAACGAGCGAAUCCUAAAACUGGAGCAAUACAGCGAGCCAUCGCCGCCCUCCCCCGGCACCCUGCCGGUCGACAUCACAGUGACGGACGAGCUGCUACAAGCCUGCGACGACAAUGUAAUUGUUUGGGUAUAGUCUCCAUCUAUAGAGAAUGGCGGUCGCAUGGAGUGUCGGUAACUUUGGUAACGCCUCGCCUUCGGAGGAGGACAUCCCCGCAACAGUGCUCUAACGACAAACGCAGCUAAGUCAAAACGUAAAUCUGUUUGUGGCCUUAGCCAUCAUCACCGCACUAGUCACCCAUCACCGCUACCUUACCAACUCAUCAUCGCUUAUCACAGCAUUCUGCCAAAUAAAAAAAAAUCUUCAAUAAAAAACGCCCGCUUGCAACAACUUCUGAAUCUAAACCGAAUUUUAUACCAAAGAUGUUAAUUUUUCUGUAAAUAAAUUAAGUUUUUUUUUAUUUGUUA